GUCUUCAUUCACUAUCUCAUUAUCUGCCCUGACCCUCCCUUUGUGCUCAGCAUCGGUGUAAUAGUCCUCUUCUCGACCUUCAAUCACUUCCGAAACAUACAACCCCUCUAGACUUGAAACAUGGCACGGACGAAGCAGACUGCCCGCAAGCGUACGAAGCGUGACUAUCACGAGGACGACAGUGACAGCGAUGCCGCUUCUGAUAGUGAGCCCCAGGGUGUGCAGGGAAGCUCCCAGACCCAGAUGGACGAGAUCCUCAAGGGCGUUGUAGGGAUCACGCCGCUGGCCCUGACUAGCACGGGGGCUACCGAGGCGUCCCAGUUUGGCUACUCGUCCAAGCUCGUGAGCAAGUGGUAUCGUCACAGGUGCGAGUACAACUCGUGCCCGGAACGAUGGGCCGAGCACGACAAUGUCGAUGCCGAAGAGGAGCAUCUCACCAAGGAGACUGAGCACGUGCCCAUCAUCCACCGCCACGAAUUCGUCAACAAGCACUGGGUGACCAAGUCCAUCACCGUCCAGGACGCCAACAUGCGUACCGUGCUGGACAAAGUCCUUGCCAAGUACCAGGACCUCGACCUGGAGGUUGAGAACUACACUUUCAACCCGCCCAUGAUGCCGCUCGUGCAUCGCUGGGAGGAGCUCAAAGCAUACCACGCCUGCGCCACUCCGGGUCCCCUGAAGAGUGCGGCUUCCGCUUUCAUCGCCUUCCUGGCCCCACUGAUCGCCUCGUCCGUCGUCUCCCUCGCCCAGACCAAGCGGUCAGGCAAAGUGUCCUUCCCUGAUCUUUGGCAGAUCUUCCCUCCCAGCUCCGUUGUCAAGACACAGAUCUACGGCGCUGAUACGGUCUGCCGGGUCGUCAAGUACAAGAAGAAGCCGCGCACCAACUGCAACCCGGAAGGGUGGGUGAUUCACCUCGAGUAUGUCGACUGGAAUGGCCAGGAAACCGGCUGGGCAAGCACCAGCGUCACCAUCUGGGAGUAUGCUGGCUUCCGCAGGGUAACCGGUCUGCCUGUCUUCCCACUCUCGUUCACUCGCGAGGAGGACAGCAUCCGGGCUGAGAUGAUCGAGCGAGGCCGCAAGUUUGAGAGACUCCGGGGUUACCACUACAUGAUGUCCAAUGGAGCCAAGAUCUUGCUGGAGACUGAGAAGCCUGAGCAGAGACCGGUCGCUGGAAAAGUAUGUGUCGAUGCCUACGCAUACUACAGAAGCUCCAACCUCGUGCGGCCCAAGCUUCGCGCGCUGUCCGGCAGCGGUGACGACGAGGGCAAGGACGGCAGCGACGCCAACAAAGACGACGCGCAGAUGGAGGACAGCGGGUUCGAAGCUCAGUACGCGUUGCCCGUGGACGACAGCCCUGCCGCCAAGGGACCUGCCGAGCGCAUCGAGCACAUCGAGCCCCUGACCGAAGAGCAGCUGCUCAUGACCACCCCCUGGGUAAAGGGCUUCGACCUCAAGGCCAAGCACUGGUGCGAGCUGCGCAUCGACGAUCUGCGCGACAUGGCCUGGAACGACGAGGCGUUUGAAAAGCUCGUACUGCCUGGUGGCGAGAAGGAGCUCGCCUGGGCUUUCGUCGAGAACAAGUCUCUCUCCAAGGGCGAGUUUGACGACUUCAUCCCUGACAAGGGCCGCGGCCUGAUCAUCCUCAUGUUCGGACCUCCUGGUGUCGGCAAGACCUUCACCGCUGAGGCUGUCGCCGAGCGGUCUCGCGUGCCUCUGUACUCGAUGAGUGCCGGCGACUUGGGCACCAAGCCGGCCGAGGUGGAGGCCGCGCUGACCCGUGCCCUCGAGCUGUGCCGCAUGUGGAACGCCAUGCUGCUGCUCGAUGAGGCCGACGUUUUCUUGGGAGAGAGGACCAACGAGUCGCUCGCGCGCAACGAGCUCGUGUCCAUCUUCCUGACGAAGCUGGAGUACUACCAGGGCAUCUUGUUCCUCACGACCAACCGCAUCACGAGCAUCGAUCACGCCUUCCAGUCUCGUGUGGACUUGUUCCUGCCGUACCAUGACCUCGGCAGCCCGGCAAGACGCCAGGUCUGGGUCAACUUUAUCGAGAGGGCUGGUCGGGACAAGUUUGAUGUCACCGAGGACGUUCUGGACAAGCUGGCAGAGCUUAACCUGAACGGUCGCGAGAUCAAGAACCUGAUCAAGUCGGCACAGUUGCUCUCACUGAAGUCCGGUGGCAAGGUACCCAGCGAUCGUCUGUGGCUGUUGGCGGAGAAGCGCACUCAGGCGCUCAACGCACUUGAUGCUCCUGCGGCAUGAGACAUGAUUUACUCUGGUUUUGUGCGGAGUCAUUAUUUUGCGGCUCGAUACUUUGUUUCCUCUCAUUUAGCUGGCAUCAAAUUAUGGGAUU